AUGGAUGUUGUCUUCGAGUCCCCCGUCAAUGUAGAACGUCCAGUUGCUCCAGCUCUUCCCCACUCUUCCUCUUCGCCAGAGCAUCCCCGGCCUCGUUCUCCAUUUUCCUCACAAUCCGUCAUGCCUCCCUCAUCUGCUUUCCAGUUCAACACCUUUUCCACUCAUACUCCAACCGCUCCUGACCGACCGUCACAAGUUCCGGACGUCGAGAGCUCACUCCAAGUCUUGGUAAACUCCUCUGCUUCACCUCGACCUCAUCCUGCUGCUGCUGCUGUCACUUCUUUCACUUCCUCCCCUAACCCUCAUCCUUCUCAACUGGAUCCGCAGCGGUCCCUAGAAGAGGACGCCAUGGAUACUACCCCAGAUAAUACGCAAUUACAGCCUGAGGAAGCCUCUUCAAAUUCUACCCCUUCAGGAAGAAAUACUGAAAUGGACCCUGCCAGAGCCGCCGUUUCAGUCAUGGAGACGGAUAUGGAAAUGGAAACGGAACAACACACAAUCUCUACCAUCAACACUGUACCAACUGAAAGAGGACCUCCUGAAAAUCCAACUACCCCUGAAACUGGACCUCUAACUGUACCUGAACCCACUAUGAUUGGUGUUCCCGCCACGGAGAAUAAUUCUCCAGAACCUCCUUCACAAGGCGCACCCUCAGAAGGACCUUUAUCACAGGAGCUUUCAUCCCAGGAACCUCCUGACACUCAAACUGAACAGAACAGUUCGCCGAAUAGUUCUCAGGGUAAUUCCCAACAACCAUCUGUUGAAGAGGAAGAACCCGCUGAUUGGGCCGACAUUGAGGAAGACACUUCCGCUCCUGAUGAGGCUGAGUUGAAGGAGAUUGAGUCUGGCGAUGCGGACUACAGUGCCUUGGAUUAUGAUUACUGGGAAAAGACUUUCUACAGAGAACUCGAUGACCCCGAAUAUAAACCUGCAGAGAAAGCUCGCUUGACCUGGAUAUUCAAAGGUGUACGGGGCACCAAGGAAAACCCAAAUCGUGCUAUCAUAAUGAGGUCCCCAGCCGCAUAUAUCGGGGGUGUUUACUGGACGAUCAAGUUUUUUCCUAGAGGUAAUAACACUGGUUCCUUAAGUAUAUAUCUCGAGACCUCAUCGACACCUCCGCAACCAGACAGAGUUGUCCCGGAGACCGAAUUCAAGGUUUUCAGAGGGCCACCAAAUGCCGUACUUAGUGAUUUGGUACCGGAGGUUGACAUUACUAUCCCCGCUACUGCAAACUCGAGCAAGUUGUCAAGCGCCCAAUCUUUCACGUCUCAAGGGAAUGAGAAGCAAGACCCUGCUAUUGAAGGUGACAGUGAACCAGCUCCCACAGAAGAGCGAGAAGGCGAACGGAAAAUUGAAUCCCCGUCAUCUUCUGUUGCGCCCCGAGAUUGGAGGGUGUCUGCCCAAAUCGGCGUUAUUCUAUACAACCCCAAUGAACCCCGAACUGCUUGGAUGCAGUCUUCGUGCCACCAAUUUAAUUCCCAUAAUGUGGAUUGGGGCUGGACGACUUUCCAUGGCCCUUGGGACCGGAUUCAUCAACGACAACGGGGCCAGAGGCAAGCUCUUCUGCGGGAUGACACUCUUGCCUUUGAUGCGUAUAUUCGUGUUUUUGACGACCCAACGCAGUCGUUGUGGUGGCAUUCGAGUGAUAGUGAGCCAAUCUGGGACAGCCUAAGCCUGACUGGCUACCGCCCAAUGGGGGAUUCGGUCGUCAAGUAUAGCUUUGAGGUUGCUGGUUUGGUGUCAUGGCUUUUGCUAGCCCCUUUCCGCGAAGCUAUACAGAGUGUUGACGUUCUAGAACAUUUCACUACCCCGGGCGUCAAACCGAGACCUUUGUGUGAAUCUCUGCAAAAGCUUUUAUGGGCUUUGCGAUGCGACUAUCAUCCACAUCUUCAUGUUGAUACCGACCUUGUCACUCAGACUCUGCGAAAUCUGGAAGAAUUCUCUAGGGACGUGAUGGAAUUUUGGGAGAGGCUUCGUCGUUCCCUCGAACUAGAACUUGUCGGCACCGAUGCUCUCGAAAAAUUGUCUAAAAUUUUUGAUGGUCAGAACGUGAGUCGUACGAUUACUGACACUACUUCCGCUGAAGAAACAGCACCCAGCGCCAAUUGUUUCCACGGAGAUUUCAACAACUCUAGAAUCAGAAUUCCGGCACAAAGUUCAGACAACAUUGAAUCAGGCUUGAAACGAUAUUUUAAUGGUAAACCUGGAAAGUGGUCGCUUCCAGCGGUUCUCCACGUUGAGCUGGCGCGCCAGAUAUUCGACCGGGCUAGUCACCAUUGGAAUCUCAUCUCUCGUCGCGUUGGCCUAGAUGAAGAACUAGACCUGUCUGGUAUUGUCGCUAAAUCUCGCGUCGGGAGAUAUAGCCUGUAUGGUUUUGUGGUUCACAAAGGCAAACGGACUUCGGGGCAAUUCUACAGCAUCCUCCGUCCUGGUGGGCCGGGAACACGCUGGCUGGCCUUCGAAGAUGCGAGCGAUAACAAGAUUGAGUGUCUUACAAGGAAGGCUGCGAUCGACGCCCAUGAAGGUGUCCUCUCUGAAGAUGCCAGAAGUCAUUAUGAUAGAUCUGGGCGUGACGUUGCAGUUGUUGUGAUGUAUGUUCGAAAUGAUGUUUUACCUCAAUUCUUGACUGGAAAAAUUGAGCCAUGGAAGAUGGCAGAGCCUCUCAGGCACUAUUUUCACCACGGAGAGCUCCCAUCCAUCUCUUCUUCUCCAAUUUCCAUCGAGAUAUAUUCCCUCAAAGAUGUCUCUGUGGUAAAUAAUAGCUUAUUUGAUGCUCAUGAUCUGAUGGCCACUGCCAGGUCUGCAGGCGGAUUCCGCCAUCUAACCCUGCCAGCUAAUACGACGUUUGAAGCCGUAAGAAAAAAGUUGGCCUUGUGGUAUUGGAAAGAUGAACAGGAGAAGAAACCUGAACAUAUUCGCAUGUGGCAGAUUGAUCGUCCAAAAUUGGGAUUCAUUCCCAGCUUACUCCUAAAGAACCUCCCAGGUUUGACUUAUCCGCUGUCAUAUUUUAAUCUGAAUGUUUUGCGCCUGUGGGUGCAUAUCUUGUCUGAAGAUGAUGCAAAGCUUUUUGCCAUGCCAACUUCUACACCAUCUUCAAAACCCUUCGACUAUGUAGACAUUUCUGAGGAGGCUGUAGAGCCUGCAAAUGGCCCAAGAACAACCACGGAUCAAAAUUCAGCCCAAGAACCGAGUGUACCUGAAACCCAAGACAUCGGCAUGACUGAUUGGAAUCCUUCUGUUCAUCCAGCACGGCAAGGAGAUAGUGACACUGCCGAUACGAUUUCUUCUAACCAACCAUCUGAGACGGUACUAAUAGGGCACGAGCCAGGAACGCAGCAGCAUGAGGCUUCAUCGUCUCCCGACCACAACUCUCCAACUGAUGGCCCACAAGACUUAAAUAACUCUGUCACUGACGAUCAAAUGUCGGGCGCGGAACCAGACUUGAAUGCCUCACAGCCUGCCCAGUCUGAACUGGUUGGCGCCAACCACAACACAGCUGCUGUUGGUAACCACGAACCCGCAAUAGAUCCAGGAAAUGGAGUGAUAUCUAUCCCGGUCACUGCAGAUAUAGAACUGCAAGUCCAGACGACAUUGGAACAAUCAGUUGAUAUCCAAGUAGGCAAUGAAAAUGGUUCUCCCCAACACGCAAAUGAUAAUAUCGAUGUUGCUACCCCCACUGCUGCCCAAGAAGACUCGGUCAUGCAAGACCCGCCACUGCCCAACACCCAUUUUGAUUCAAGCUCUAACGAAAACAGGGAACCGGCUGCAGGGUUAGAGAGGCAGGAGAAUCGUAGUAAUGAAGCUGAUUGGUCAUUUGCUGACGCAAAUUGGGAUCUUGUGCCUGGUUCUAGCCAAGUAUAUUAUUUCAUCCAGAUAUUUGACUCCGAAAAACAAGAGCUCCGCGUUACAGGAGUUUUCUUCGCGAGGAAAAAGGAUACCAUCAAAUCUUCAGUUCGUGCCGCUCUGGGAUGGCCAUAUGAUAAGCAGUUUCACCUUUGGCAUCGUGUGGACGGUGCAUCAAUCCUGUCCAUUUCCGGCUCCCACAAAUUUUCCAACAUUAUAUCCAUAGAUCUGGAUGGCCAAUGUUUCAUCGUCGGUGAAGUAUUGCCGAAGUCACGAUGCACCACAAUUUCGGAGGGGGGUUCCUUGGCCACCCCUGAUCUACUAGCAAAGUACCUCUGGGCUUUUUCCCGUCGGCAUCCGACGCAAGCACUCACUGGUACAAAAACGGUAGAAGCUACUUUUAAUGGAGAGUACUAUUCCGGAGAUUUUAAGAAGGGCUACUACCAUGGCAAAGGUACUCACAUAUCAGACACUGGUGCUACCUAUACCGGUGAUUUCGUCCUGGGACAGCGGCAUGGUAAAGGUAUCAUGGAGUUCACAUCGGGCGACACCUAUGAUGGAGAUUGGCGCGAAGAUGAACGUCACGGCCAAGGAACAUUUAUCGAACGCAAGACUGGCAACAAGUACGUUGGCGGUUACCGGGCCGGCAAACGACAUGGGAAGGGUAUCAGUUACUGGGAAGUUGCAGAUGAGGAGAUGGACCUUUGUCAAAUUUGCUACAGUGAAGAUCAGGAUGCGCUGUUUUACAGUUGCGGGCAUGUUUGUGCAUGCGUAAGCUGUGCCAAACAAGUUGACAUAUGCCCUAUGUGUCGGAAGAAGGUCACUAGUGUGGUCAAGAUCUACCGUAGCUGA